AUGCCUGAGCGUGCGGAGCCUGGGGGUGCUGAGUCUGGGGGUGCUGAGUCUGGGGGUGCUGAGCCUGGGGGAGCUGAGUCUGGGGGUACUUCGUCCUCUGGACGUCCUACGGGUGUCUUGUCACGGCGGGAGCCACUCUCUCCACCGCAGCUGCGCGAGUGGUUUGCUCGGCGCUGGAGCCGUGCUGCUGGAGCUGGAGGUACUGCUGCUGCUGGAGGUGCUGGAGCCGCUGGUCCCGGAGGUGCUCGUACUGGAGGUACUGGAGCUGCUGGAGCUGGAGGUGCUGCUGGAGCUGAAGGUGCUGGAGCUGCUGGAGGUGCUGGAGCCACUGGUCCAGGAGGUGCUCGUACUGGAGGUAUUGGAGCUGCUGGAGCUGGAGGUGCUGCUGGAGCUGGAGGUACUGCUGGUGCUGGAGGUGCUGGAGGUGCUGGAGCCGCUGGUCCCGGAGGUGCUCGUACUGGAGGUACUGGAGCUGCUGGAGCUGGUGGUGCUGCGGGAGUUGGAGCUGGAGGCGCUGGAGCUGUUGCUGCUGGAGGUGCUGCUGGAGCUGGAGCUGCUGGAGGUGCUGGAGUUGGUGGUGCUGCAGGAGUUGGAGCUGGAGACCCUGGAACUGGGGGUACUGGUGCUGUCUCUGCUGGUUCUGGAGGCGCUGCGCGGCCGCGGCCGUACUUCGUUCCACUCCUUCAGCAGGUUCUUGGUCUCCCGCCUUCCACUGGUCCUACUCCUCCCUUACUGUGUCCACCGCCUGACCAGUCGCGGUCGCAGUUACAGCCAGCCUCCCCACUGCCUGGUCCUUCUCCUUACACUGGGCCGACCGGAGGUCUUGCGGAGCGUUGUGAGCCUGAGUCUCGUCCUGCGUCGCCUGUUCGCACUGUUCGCACUGGUCGUCGUGUUCCGCGUCAGCGUCCUCCUCCUGUCCCCGGCACGCACCAGAUGGCACUUCGUCCUUCCUCUGUUCCAAUACGUGUCCCUCUGCCAUCUCCUCCUGCGUCCUCUCUUCCUGACGUCCCUGACCCGCCGCCAGACCUUGCUCGUGCUGCCAGUCCUACUGUCACACGUCUUCUAGCUACUGCUGUCACUGACCCUUCGUUUGAGUCCACUGCUGCGUCUGCCCUUGUUGCUGAGCUUGUCGACUUUGCUGCCGCCUGUUGUCUAGACUACGCCGCUAGUCUUGUUGCUGAGUCUGAGUCUGUCUGUCCUCCGUCCGUCGGGGGUGAGUGUGCUCUUGGCACGGACGUCCUUGAGGACAGGCAGGAGGACUUUGAGUAUUUUGCAGCUGCUUUACCUCAUCUCGUGUCCAUGCUGAUUGCACCUGAGGGAGACCCGGAUGCACCAGACAUCCCGACCCCGCGCUCUUACGCAGAGGCGAUUGAGGGUCCCUACUCCUCUCAGUGGCAGACAGCCAUGGACGCAGAGAUGGCUUCCUGGAAGGUGAAGCGGCCGUCGGGUUCUCCGCCUGUCUUCAAGGCCCGUUACGUUGCUCGAGGCUUCAGUAAACGACAGGGAGUUGACUUCUUCCAGACCUUCUCCCCUACACCGAAGAUGACCACUCUUCAGGUGCUGCUGCACGUUGCCGCACAGCGUGACUACGAGCUUCACUCUCUUGACUUCAGCACAGCCUUCCUACAGGGCAGCCUGCACGAGGAGAUCUGGCUGCGCCGCCCACCUGGCUUCACUGGGUCGUUUCCUGCAGGUACCCAGUGGAGCCUCCGGCGGCCAGUCUACGGUCUCCGCCAGGCGCCUCGCGAGUGGCACGACACACUGAGGACGACACUUGCGGCUCUUGGGUUUGCUCCUUCUACUGCUGACCCGUCGCUGUUUCUACGCACCGACACUUCGCUGCCGCCGUUCUACAUCCUCGUGUACGUCGACGACUUGGCCUUUGCCACUGCUGAUACCGAGGGACUCGCCCACGUGAAGUCGGAGAUGCAGAAGAGACACACGUGCACAGACCUGGGUGAGCUGCGCAGCUAUCUUGGCUUGCAGAUCACCCGGGACAGAGCACAGCGCACCAUUACCUUGACUCAGUCACACAUGGUGCAGCAGGUCCUUCAGCGCUUCCGCUUCACGUACUCCUCGCCACAGUCCACUCCUCUGCCUACCGGUCACUCGCUCUCAGCUCUGCCUUUGGAUGAGUCCGUAGAGCCGAGUGGCCCGUAUCCAGAGCUUGUGGGCUGCCUCAUGUACCUGAUGACCUGCACUCGACCUGACCUUGCUUACCCUCUUAGUAUCCUGGCUCGCUACGUUGCGCCCGGGAGACACCGACCAGAGCACUUGGAGGCCGCUAAGAGGGUGAUGCGCUACUUGUGCAGUACGUCGGGCAUGGGGCUCGUGCUUGGAGGACGGGCUCGAGUUGUCCUCACUGGUCACGCAGACGCUUCUUGGGUUGACGACUUGGCUACGCAGCGGUCGUCACAGGGUUACUCCUUCAGCCUUGGCUCCGGCUCUGUUUCUUGGCGGUCUACCCGCUCGUCUUCUGUUCUCAGUUCCAGUUGUGAGGCUGAGAUCUACGCAGGGGCCAUGGCCGCACAGGAGUUACGCUGGCUCACCUACCUGCUGACCGACUUGGGCGAGACGCCUCGUUCUCCUCCAGUUCUGUACGUCGACAACAAGGCCAUGAUUGCCUUGUGUCAGGAGCACAGACUUGAGCAGAGAACGAAGCACAUCGCUCUGCGCUACUUCCUUGCUCGAGAGUUGCAGCAACGUGGUCAGCUUCGUCUUGCUUACGUGGCCUCUCGGGCCAACACUGCUGAUAUCUUCACCAAGGCACUUCAGCCUUGCGAUCAUCAGCGUUUCUGUACUGUUCUAGGCCUUGUGCCUACUUGCCCUCACUUGCUUACUUCUUGA